CUGAAUUUCGCGAAGAGUUAUCGUGUGUUUUGGAUUGGUCGAUCUUCAAUUUGAGUUGAUUGAUUGCUGACCGUGGGGUUGACGGACUCCGCCGCCUCAAUUUGUUUACGCCGUUUUCUGCCCCUCUUCGCGCGCAUCAGAAUACACCUUAUUCUCCGAGAACAAUGGCGUUCCGCAGUGCUGCAGAGGAGAUGGAUAAGCUCCAGCUUUCCGAUGAGGAUACGGAGGAUCUCUGGGACUCUCCCUCCAAACGGGGGAACAAGAACGUGAAUCCAAAGAUUCCGCGUGACCAUGGUAGCCCGACGCCAGAACCCAGACCCUUCCUCGAUGAUGGAGGGACCAUGUUUGACCGUCAGGGAUCGCGUGAGGCAGCUUUGCAAAAUGAGCUACAGAGUGUCCGGAAUAUCAACGACGUGAUCGAAGGUCUUCUUUCUAGCCUUGACCAGGCCAAAGGGAAUAUGGAUACCGUUUCUCGAACCGUCAGUUCCGCAGCAACCCUGCUUAACACCUGGACCCGAAUCCUUUCCCAGACCGAGCAUAACCAGCGAUUGAUCCUCAACCCGAACUGGCAAGGAGCGACCCAAGAUGCGGCCGACAUGGAAAACGAAGCGAUCAUAAAACAACAAGCAGCCGAAAGACGCGAACAGGAGCUUCAGAGGCAGCGAGAAGCCGCUACUCGAAGAGCAGAAGAAGAUGCAAGAAAGCGGGCACAACCAACCACUAGAAGCACGCGUGGAACCACGACUACUAGUCGGGGACGAGUACGCAGCACGGGCUUGGGUAGAACUCCCAGUGUCUCAUACUCCAGUACUGGUUCGAGCGCGUCGAGGACUGCUGCUGCUACUCGAGGGUCUACGACCGGAUCUACCAUGACGACACGACGGCCUAUCAACACCAUGGAUUUCGCGCCGUAUCAAGACGAAUCGCCCGAAGUCGAGCGGGCCCUUUCUCCCCCUCCGAAUAACCAUCUCCGGUCUCCUCAAUCACCUCGCGUCGCGGGUCCUCUACCAUCACCCAGUCACUUUGCCAACGAAGGGCAAUAUACAACACAGAGCGGUGGUCUUGGGAACACAGGAGGACUUGGGCCAGAUGUCGAAGGAGGGCGAUUAAAUUUAGGGGCAUUCGACACAAGUCUCCCGAUACGGAUGGAUUAUGAAGCGAUGCUGGCAUAUCUGCUUCUACCUCCGGCGGGAGGUGUCUUUCUGUUGGUGUUUGAGCACAAGAGCGAUUACGUUCGGUUCCAUGCGUGGCAAUCGAGUAUGCUCUUCACGGCCAUCUUUAUCUUCCAUCUAAUCUUAUCGUUCUCGAGCUUUCUCUCAUGGCUUCUAUUUAUCUGCGACCUCGCUUUGAUUGCAUUCCUGAGUCUACGCGCAUAUAGAGAUGUGGACACACUCGAGCAUUUUGAAGUCCCAGUUUUCGGUCGUCUUGCGAAUUCCUUCGUUGACGAUGAAUGAAAUGCCCAUUACCUGCGCGACAGCAUACUAUCUAGAUACCCAUGCAAUGAAAGUUCAAUUGUACAGUGCCGUUAUACUGAAGUCCAUCUGCUUUGUCUAUAUCGUCUUUUCUAUUUCAAUUCAUGGCUGGCCCUUUUAUCACAGAGUUUCUUUUCCUAUAGACGUGGAAUACUAAUCAAAAUGAAGAAUGAAUGGAUGUUUAACAUGAAGCAUCGAUACCU